AUGGCAGGUCGUGUAAUCGGCAAGAUAGACUCUUUCGACGAGACCGUUGAAACUUGGGAUGCAUAUAGUGAGCGGCUAGGGCAAUAUUUUGUUGCAAAUGCCGUGGAAGAUGACUUGAAAACCCCCGCGUUACUUAGCCUUAUCGGUGGGCGCACAUACGGUACACUGCGUAACCUCACGGCACCAGACAAACCGGCAACCAAAACGUACCAGCAACUGGUCGAGAUAUUGAAGACACAUCUCUCCCCACGUCCGUUAGUGAUCGCUGAACGCUUUCGGUUUCAUAAGCACGACCAGAAGGAGGGAGAGGCAGUACGGGAUUAUGUGGCACAGAUCAGAAAGCUUUCAGAACAUUGUGAAUUCGGGGAUACACUGCAGGAAGCUUUGCGCGAAUGUCUCGUAUGUGGGUUACUAAAUGACAGCAUACAGAAAAAGUUACUGUCUGUGAGGGAACUCAAUUAUCAGAAUGCGGUAGACAUCGCAAUCGCCAUGGAAACCGACACUCGCGAUGCGGUCGAACUAGGAAGGCACAAAUCGGUGCCGGUUCAUAAGGUACAGGCUGCCCACGGCCAUCCGCGCGACUAUCAACCAGGGCGGCGUCAUUCUAGUGCCAUCUCAGUGACGCCCAUGGUGAAUGGUGCUGGGAUGGACAUGGAGCUGGACACUGGCUCUGCGGUAUCGGUUAUAUCAAAGAAAGACUUUGAAAAAUAUUUCGGUCGGAAGGAGCUCACUCCCACGUCGGUGAAACUAAAAACCUACUCUGGAGAGGUAAUUAACCCUCUAGGCGUGAUAGACGUAAAUGUCGGUAUGAAUCAGCAAAGGAGUAACCUCCCCUUGUACGUGAUAGAGAAGGGGGGUCCACCGUUAUUUGGACGAGACUGGUUGAGCCAUAUAAAGCUGGAUUGGGCGGAGAUCCAUACUGUAAACUCGAUGGAAUCGUCUCAUGUUACAGUAACUCAGCUGAUAGAAAGGUACAAGGGAGUGUUUAAUCAGUCCUUGGGAACUCUUAAGGGUAUGAAGGCCAAAUUCAUUCUUAAGGAAGGGAGCUCACCCAAGUUCUUUAAGGCACGAUCGCUAGCCUUCUCACUGAGACCAGCAGUGGAGAAAGAGUUGGAUCGCCUUGUCAAUCUCGGCAUACUAACGGCAAUAGACCACAGUGACUGGGCCACGCCCAUUGUGGUAGUUCCUAAAAAAGACUCUAGCAUUAGAAUAUGUGGGGACUUUAAAGUAACUGUAAACUCCAUGCUUCAAGUUGACAAAUAUCCCCUACCCAAGAUUGAGGACAUAUUCGCUAAUCUGUCGGGCGGAAAGCACUUUACGAAACUCGACUUAAGGCACGCCUACCUACAAAUGGAGGUGGCUGAGGAGGACAAAGAGUACCUGACAAUCAACACACAUCGUGGGCUCUUUCGGUACAACCGACUCGUGUUCGGUAUAGCCUCCGCUCCAGCGAUUUGGCAACGGACGAUGGAACAAGUCUUACAAGGUAUCCCAGGAGUGCAAUGUAUCAUAGACGAUAUGAUAAUCACUGGUCGCACUGAUGAUGAACACCUGAGGAACCUCGCCGAGGUACUGGGUAGACUGGAGAAAUAUGGACUACAUGCAAACAUUGACAAAUGCAACAUCUUCAAAGAGAAGAUUGAAUUAUGUGGACAUGUGAUUGAUGGGGAAGGUCUACACAAAACGCAAGACAAAGUUGACGCGGAAGUCAACGCCGUGGUACCUGAAACUGUCACCCAGCUUCGUGCGUUUCUGGGUUUAGUCAACUAUUACGGUAAAUUCCUCCAGAAUUUAUCCACAGUGUUGAGGCCGUUACAUCAGCUUCUGGAGAAGGACACAAAAUGGUCAUGGACACAAGACUGCCAAGUGGCGUUUGACAAAGUGAAACAGAUGAUGGUGUCAGAAAGGGUACUGACACAUUACGACCCGAACCUUCCCGUAAUACUUUCCUGUGACGCCUCGCCUUUCGGGCUCGGAGCGGUUUUGUCUCAUAAGCUACCGUCCGGUGAUGAAAAGCCGAUAGCGUUCGCGUCGCGCUCCUUGAACGCAGCUGAGAAGCAAUAUGCUCAGAUCGACAAGGAGGCAGUAGGUAUCGUAUGGGGGAUCAAACGGUUCCACCCAUAUCUCUAUGGCAGACAUUUCACCUUGGUGACUGAUCACCAACCAUUGGUGUCAAUCUUCAACCUUCAGAAGGGUACGUCGGUGACUACGGCAGCCCGACUGCAACGGUACGCGAUGUUCCUCGCGGGACACGAUUAUUCCAUUGAGUAUCGUACCACAAAACUACAUGGAAACGCGGAUGGUCUGUCGAGGAUGACGCUCGAUCCGAAGGUCCAGUCAGAAGAGGAGGACAUAUUGGAUGACACGCAUGUAUACCAGGUGUCGCAGUUGGAACAGCUGCCUGUGACCGCUAACAGGCUAAGGAAAGAGACCAUGAAGGAUGCAAUGUUGUCGCGAGUGUAUGACGCGGCUAUGCGAGGCUGGAGUGACGCGGUAGAUAAAGAGCUACACGCCUAUUAUGAGAGAAGGAAUGAGGUGACCGUGCAGCAAGGGUGUUUGCUGUGGGGUAUACGUGUAAUCAUUCCCAGCAGCCUCCGUGACGAGGUUCUUAGGGUGAUCCACGAGGGUCAUCUUGGAGUUGUCAAAAUGAAGUCAUUGGCCCGUUCCUACGUAUGGUGGCCAGGGAUAGAUGCCGAUAUUGAGAAUCUAUCAAAGUCGUGCGCGUGA